GCGAGAGAGAGAGGGAGAUAGAGAGACACACACAGAUCGCGCGCGCGCGCGCGCGAGAGGGAGAGAGAGGAACGCGCGGACACACAAUAUCAACGGUGGUGCGAACGCACACUGCGGCAGCACAACCCGAGUAGCCUCCUCGCCGUCGUCGUACGCGCAAGCAUUGUUCUCUCUGGCCCGACUUUAUUUGUCACUUCAUGGUCGCUUUGAUUAUUUAUUUCUUUUACGCACGGCUGCCAACUGCAGCCGUCGAAAAGUUCGACAUUCGGGGGAAGUUCUCGAAGCACGCGCGUGCAGUGCUAACGCGGAGCGGCGGCGAGCAGGCGAACAAGGACGCGACGAUGCGCCGCGGCGCGGUGGAAGUGGGACACCGCCACGUAGGUGACCGCCGAGAAAGGGGGGCGCUCCGUGCGUGCGAUCGGCCCCACGAGAGAGAGAGAGAGAGAGAGAUCCACGCUCUCGCUGGCGCGCUGUAUGUACAGCUCGCCCCGCGGGGUUACUAUUUUCGUCUUUCUUUGGUUAUAUUUUCACCUCUCGUCACGUCCGACAGCGGUCGGCCUUUCGUCCCGGUGCCGCCGCCAUCGUCGCGCUACGUCCACGCCGCGGGAUUUAAAAAGUCCGCGAGACGGCCCGCUUUUCUCUCGCCUUUCGCCCUCAACGGUUCGGCAAACUCGAAGCCGAUUGCGAAAUUAAAUUUGGAACGCGCGCAUAUGCAGGCGCGGGAGACGCACGAGCGGGUCGCGAUCCGCCUGCAUUCCCCGAGUUCCCGAGGAGCGCCGACGGCGACUUCUCGUAGGUGUCGUGGUGCGGCUCCUCGAGCGCGUGGUAGGGGCCUUCCUUCGUCCGGCGGCACUUUUGAAAUUACCCAGUAGUUCCGCUGGUUCCACGCGGAAAAGCGCGGAAAUUCAACGUAGGAUCGUGUACCGCUCGAUGAUCGACAUUGAGUUUCACGAUUUCUUUCUCUCGCGCUGCACUCCCUCCCUCUUUCAAUCAUAUAUAUAUGUGGCUCUCAGAUUAUCUUCUCAAUCUCACCUUUGCCAAUUAAGCUCCAGCUCUCCUCCAUUCGACCUGUGAAUCAUCGCUUUCGUCGAUGAAGAAGAAAAAUGUGCACGAGCGAUGCGAAGAUCAAUUUGAAAUUGACAGGAGUCUCCCCUCCGCGAAUAGAUCUUAUCGAUCAAACGAUUUAGUCGUAAAAUUGCAGCGGUAUAAGUAUUUUCAAAUUCGGCCCGUCUGUCACCGACGAACGUGCUGAAAUUAACGGAUGAUGACGUGAGCUUGGAGAGGCGAGAAAAUCGCAUUUUCGAGAAGUAAACGCGAUAACCUGAAGAGCUAGACAUUGCGUUGCCGAUCAUUUCACACGACGAAGCGGUAACGCACGCUGGCGACUGGUUAAACGGCAACAUUUCUCGCAUAGUUUCGCUCUGUCCGAUGCAAAAAUUGGUACAGAUGAAUAUCUAAGACCAAAAACUAUAGGAUAUAGAUUUUUAUCUCACUCGACAGUACUGUUUUGCUACGUAAAGAGGCAUUUUUGUAACUUAAGCUGGCGUGUGUACGCGUAAAAUUGAUGUAAGACGAGCGGGUACAGAUUGUAAUAUAUAUAUAUAUAUAUAUAUUACUGAGGGGGAAACGGUUUCUGUACGAUGACACAGUUGGAAUUGGAUCCUCAGUUUACACAAGGAUUGCGCCUCUUGCACUCUACUAACAAAGACUCGGCGGAACAGCUGCGGGCGAUGUUGGACGAGAUGAUUAAAUUAAAAUACGGACCGUCUAAGAUGCUCCUCAAUGUACUCCAUAAGAAGUAUAUGACGGAGGAACUGGUGUUGAGUGAUCACAGCAGUAGCAGCAGUAGCAAGAAGAGCAAAAGCUCAAGCUCAUCCAAGCACUCGAGUAAGUCGAGCAAAAAUAGUUCACCUGUUAAUCUACCAGCGCGCGACACACCACCAGACAUACUGCAGACAGACGACACGCUAGCGUUGGAAAUUCUAGAGGACGACCUGACAUGUGUCAUUUGCAAGGGAAUGGAUGUCGGGGCGAGGAAUAGACUUGUGGAAUGUCUAGAGUGUCAUUCUUUGUAUCAUCAGGAAUGCCACACGCCACAUAUUUUAGAUGCGCAGAUAGAUGCACUCAUGCCGAAAAAUGUCUGGUACUGCUCAAACUGUACCAAGUCUCAGAUCUCUAAGGAGAGAAGUUCACCGAAGACUGUACUAGAGACCAAAUCGAAAGAGCAGAAGAAACCUGGCUCAAGUAGCGGAGCUAAGGUGACACCAAAUAUCCAUAUCAUAAGUGCGGACAAAAGACUGAAAGACAUGAUGAAGAAAGCUAAACAAGAUAAACGAAACUCAAAUACUGCCACAAAUUCGAAAGGCUCUUCGUCCAAUUCGCCUGCGUCAUCUUCAGCCAAGUCUUCUCAAGACAAAUCGUUAUUAUAUAAGAUGAAGUCGGGGGUAGAAUAAAUCUCUUGACUUGGGAGGAAAAAAAGAAAACAUUGAACAAAUCUAUUCAAUAUGCAAUUAUUCGAUUUAGAAUGAUAACCCGAAACAAAUCCCUGUCUCUUUAUUGAUAACGAGGUGAUUUUGUAAAUCGAUUUUAUUAAUGUAGGAUAAAAGGCGACAAUGUUUAUGAUUUCUUUUUAUGAAUAUAUUUUCUUAUGAUGAGAAUUAGUAAGAAUCGCGCGUCACUCUCUAUGACAGAGAUAAAAGUCCUAAAUAGACGAUACCACUAUAUAGUAUGUAUUUAUAUUGAAGUUUAAUCUCGAAUUACAUUCAAUCGACAUUAGUACAAUUGGGCCUUUGUGUAGUGUCUGAAUUUCUCUUACUGCCUAUAAAUACAAUUCCAUAUUAUACAAUUUAUUAAUAAUUGUACAAACGUGCCAUGUAAAUUUGUUAUCUUUAAGCUUUCGCAUUAUUAUUACAAAAAUAUUAAGUAUGUAGAAAAUAAUGACAUAAUAUUACUAUCGCUAAUAAUUAUUACACACAUAAUAUCGUUCGUAAUACAAGUCUGCGUUGACAUAUAGUUUUAAUGUAAAUAUACAAUAGAUCAUUUUUUAAUACCUUUUUAUUGAGAUAUAUUUAUAAAAGGAAAGCGAUAAAAUUAUACAAACUUCACAUAUCUCGAGAGAUUGCGUGUUAAUUGUACUGUAUAUCGCAUAUACACAAUUUCGUUACCGAAAUCAAUUCGUACCAAGUACGCCGAUUCCCCUUUCUUCGCUUCUUCUUUUUCUUUCUUUUUCUUUUUACUGGCGUAACGAUACAACAUCGACCGGGGCUCUUCUUUCGCGUAGUCGAGAUGCACAGUGGAAAACUAUAACGCGCGCCAAGUACGUACUACUGUAUACAAGAUAUACAUGUAAACUCUCUCGUUGCCCCGCGAGCGCGGCGGGAGCGUGGCGGAGUCGCGAGCAAUCCCGAAAUUAACAUGACGAUACGUGACGCUUAAUAUCCGAAGAUUCGUCGUAUGUAAUAUUUCCUUUAUUUUUCUUUCCCCCGAAGAGUCCACGUGUCCAUCCGUAUAUUUAUAGCGACGGUACUUAUAUAGAUCUUAGCGCCCAGCUAGAGCUGUGAGAUAAUUUUUUACACACGGGCGACGAUCAUCAUUUAUUCAUCGUGUCCGUCUCUCUCCAAUUGCAAUGUGAAUACCCUCCAAUAUGAGACACGACUAUACAGUUAGAAACUUUCGAAUCCGCGUCGCGAGGGCCGAGAAGAAGCCGAUCGCGCGCGCGCGCGCUCUCUCUCUUCGUCUUUAACAGACACUUGGAUGAAUCACGACAAAUCAUAGUGACUCAAGUGGGGAAACCUCGGGUUGGCUCGGUGGCCCUUCUACCUCUCUCUUUGUGUGUUGUGUUCUCUUUCCUUAUCACACGCUUACAGUUAAAACGACCAUCGAGAUGAUGGUGGGCACGGACACAGUCCGUCGUUAAUCUUAAUUGUAAGGGUUUAGCGCGUUUGCCUACGGUCAGCCUGUACAGCCUCGAUAAUUGCAGGUGGGCGAAAUAACGAAGAGAAUAAUAACGUAUGAGUUUCAUUUAUAAUACCAAUAUAUUUUUCUGCGAUUUUUUCAAAUGCAAUUAGUCGUCGUUUGUCCCUACGUUGUCCCAUUGAAAAUUUGGCAAGAGUCGUUUCGUUUCCUCGAGUGUUCGCUUAAUGUCUACUCGUACGCGGGAUGGGGGGAGGACUAAGAUAUUAUGUACAAUGAGGGGGUGAGUGGGGGGGUGAAUGAAUAAAGGGGGGGGUACUCGCGAGGGGAGCUCGCAAUUGCACGCGCACACAUGUCGAUACAUACAUAAUAAUAACACACGCACACAUACGCGCAGCGAGCGCGUGACGAAGAAUUUGCUAUCGUGCACGUGCGCUUUUCCUUUAUUCUUUUCCUUUCUUUUUCUCAAUGUAUUGAAGAACACACGCGCCUUUUUCCACGAGAUACGUUUUAAGGGCUUCGUGACGCACACGCUAACAGGUUGAGAUGAGUCGACGCAACAUGAUAUUUUCAUCUUUCUCGGUAAUCUCCAAGAUUCUUCUCUCGCAAAUUCGGCUGCGCUGCGGAUCAUUCAGCUCUAUCUCAAAGUAGAACAGAAAAUCGAUGACGAUGACGUCAAAAUGACGAGAAAAUGACUACAAUAACUCGCUUUCCGAUCAUGAUUCGAUCGCUUUCUCGUCAUUUUGACGUCAUUUUACCGUGAUUUUCUAAUCUACCUGGGACCCCAGACAGCACAAAUUUCCAAGGAACGUCCCUACGUCUUAAGGACGUUCCUUGGAAAUUUGUGCUAUCUGACCGGAAUAAUAUAUUGGAAUGGGCCAUCAAGGAUUGGACGUGACCCAUUCGUAGAAAAGGAUGCAGAUAUGCUGAAUGUAUCCUUUGUCAUGUAUGAAAGAGAGAGGAUAUUCCUCCAAUCUAUUUAUCUAUCCUUUUCUCCGACGCGGGCCGCAGAUUUCUAUAGUUUAAUACAAGGAAGCUUCACUCCAGCUUCACUAUAGAGCUCAAUGGCGCAGAUCAAACGUGUGCAAUCGUUGCUGAUCAUUGGUCGACGAAUUCUUUCUUUCUCGGUGAUCGAUUCCGCCCGUCUCUAAUUCGUACCCUCGCGGAAACGACGACGCUUCCCGACGAAGAAUCUACAAGAGAGAAAUGCCCUCUCUCUCACGGGGAAAAUUCGGAUCGUUCCCCCCCAUCCACGCGUGUUCUCGUUAUCUUUUCUCUUUCCUCCGAAGCUUAACAAAGAGUUUAAUCCUUAACUCGACACGAUGUGUUUCAGAUUUAUAUCUAUACUACGAAGCAUGACACACUAAUAUCGCCCCACGGCCGCCACGAAAAAAUCACCUCUCUCAGUCCAUUACGUUAUAAAUUACAUACGACGUUGAAUGCGGAAUUGACAAGCUUUUCAGAUGGAUGGAGUCGACUUUCGACUGUACAACUUAUACCGGAAACUCUGCCGCGUCUCUCUCAUUUACGAAUCGUAAUUUUUCACGGGACACUUCGCGGGACGCGCAUUUCACGGAUUCUAAACUCUUUCUCCUCGAGUACGCACCGCAUUCGUCGGCGUGUUUCCGCUUGAACAAUCGCUCUGUUCGCGUCAAGUAUUCAUGCGGUACUUUUACAAGAGAGAGAGAGAGAGAGAGAGAGAGAGAGACACUUUCGAAUCAACCUAAUAUUUCCUCACACCGACAUCGAUCGCUCGGUGUGCUUCCUCUUCCGCAAUUUUUAUUUUUAUCGCGCCCCCAAUACAUGUGUGAGAAAGAUCACACGAAAGGGGAAAUGAGUGUUCCUAAAGGCCGUUCCACCACAGCGUAAAUGUAGGCGUAAGGUUGUAGUAAUAGUAGCAGCAGCACCGAAUGUUGUAACAGAUUAAUCUACAACGGAGUAAAGAUACGUCGUAACUUGAUCGUGGCAAUCAAUCAGAAUGCGGUCAUCUUCACGCUCAUGUCCACAAGAGCGACAUCCGAUUGGUUGGCUCUUACAUCUUACGUAGUCGUGAAGGACCGAAGCUCAAGCAUCUUUCGUAACGCACUUUACAACCGGUAGUAGUCAUUUACAACCGCGUCUUACGACACAUCACGAACACUUACAACUACGUUUACGCUAUCGCCCAGACAACGGAAUGUCUAAAACCAUCGAGACAUAAGACGUCUUUAAAACACAACGUCUGAAAAACGGCUUGAAGAUAUCUUGAAAACGUCGCGAUUUUAGCGACAUUCUGCUGCCUGGAUAUAGAACGGUCUUAACGCGAGCACGGAAACGAGAGGUAAAUAAAUAUGAAUAAAUAUGUAAAGAACGUUUUUUUCUCAUUUUUUUCCCUUCUUUCUUCGGAGCCUCGCUCUCGCUCCUUACGUAACGCGGCAGAGUCGCGAGCAUUUGUACGUUCAUAAAGUAUAGUGUGUAACGCUACAUUGGCUUCUAUCGGAUUGCGCGCGCGAACACACAUCACCCGAAAUAUAUUUUAUGCUUUACAUGCGCCACGCGGAUACCUUCCGAUGCCGAAUUUCACAAAAACAUCCUGCGCUUGUCAGGAGGCCAACUGGCACCCGAUAAUAGCGACGAGAUGUGUGUGUGUGUGUGUGGUGUAUG